AUGGAAACAGUCGAAGGCCUCGUGGAGCGAGCUAGGCAUCUUUCGCUUCACCAAACCCACUCUUUCGAUACGUUCCAUGCCACAAUUGACUCCCAUCUAAAGAAGAUCUACGAAUUCCGGAAGAGCGCUGGCACGCCAAAAUUUCUGGAACUUCAGCGCGAUCCGUGUCCUGAUGGCCAGCCAAUUACGAAUCAUCUUGCUUCGUUGGACGCCUUUCGGGCGUACAUGAAAGAUGCCGGGUCAUCUGCUCAGGCCUUACCCGCAGAGCCAGAUCUCAGUGCUCCAAUCUCGGAUUAUUUUAUCUCGUCGAGUCAUAACACGUACUUGACUGGGAAUCAGUUGUACAGCGAUGCUGCGGCGAGUGCUUAUACGUCGGUCCUCUUACAAGGCUGCCGUUCUGUUGAGAUUGAUGUCUGGGACGGGGAACCCCUUACACCGGUAUCAAGUGGCAGUGAAGCCAGCAGUGACAGUAGUGACUCUAGUGGCGGUGAGAGCGAGGAUCUUGGGGCGAGAAACAAGCAGAAGAUCAAGUCCAAACCCGAGAGAAAGGACAAGCCUGCGAAAGGCUUGAGCCAUUCAGUUUCGACGAGACUGGGAACUGCAUUGCACCAGAGGUUCUUCAGACCUGCAACCAAAGAUACGACGGAGACAACCACCGGGAAGGAAGCACUAAGCCAUGAGGCUAUCAAAGGCGAACCUCGUGUUCUGCACGGGUACACUCUGACGAAAGGUACCUCAUUCCGUGAGAUCUGCUAUGCAAUCCGCAACAGUGCCUUCGUUGUCAGCGAUCUUCCAGUGGUUAUCAGCUUCGAAGUCCACGCGAGCUUGGAGCAACAGCAGAUCAUGGUUGAUAUUAUUAACGAAGCUUGGAAGGGCAUGUUGGUGGAGGUGCCAUCAAAUGUGGCCCCGGAAAAGCUACCAACUCUUGGAGAGCUGAAGAGGAAGAUACUGAUCAAGACCAAGUCAACUCCCCUGAAAGCCGCGGAGGAGAAGGCCGAGGCGCUUGAAGCCGCGGAAGAGUCCAGCGAAAAAUCAACAGAUGAUCCGGAUCAGAAGCCAGUCAAGCCAUCGAAGAUUCUUGAGGCUUUGGCAAAACUGGCUGUCUAUACCCGGGCGUACCAUUUCAGUCAUUUUGAUCAACCAGGUAUGGCCGAACCGCACAGAAGUGACCACCCAGCAUACUCACCUCUCACAGAGGCAAAAUCCCCGUUACACGUCUUUUCUCUCUCCGAGAAGGCAGCACGCGAGGUCCACGCCACCCAACGAGACGCCCUCUUCGAACACAACCGCUCAUCGAUGAUGCGCAUCUACCCUUUUGCUUUCCGCGUCACAUCGUCCAAUCUCGACCCGUCCUUCUAUUGGCGCCGAGGCGCCCAGCUUGUAGCCCUGAACUGGCAAAACCUCGACAAAGGCAUGAUGCUCAACUAUGGCAUGUUCGCGGGCACCCAAGGCUGGGAACUCAAGCCCCCCCGGCUACCAAAGCGCCCACCCCACCUCCAAGCCCAUCACUCAUACCCUCGACCUCACGCUCGAGAUAUUCGCAGCGCAAGACCUCUCUCUGCCGGCGAGCGAUCAUAUACAAACAAAGACGAGGAUGACGCAAGCUCCAGCUCCGAGAAAAGCAGCUACCGUCGCUGCACGAAGAGCUCGUCAGGCCGGAACCCGGACUUCGAGGGUCAGAAACUGAUUUUCCCUACCGUGACAGGCGUCAUUGAAGAGCUUAGUUUCCUCAGAAUCAAAAUCAAAGAUGACGAAAUCGGUCGCGAUGCACUGGCUGCGUGGGCUUGUAUUCGGCUCGAUCGCCUGUGUGAGGGCUACAGACUGGUGCAUCUUCAUGAUACGACGGGUGAGAAGACCGGGGGUAUGCUGUUGGUGAGAAUUUCCAAGCAGGUUGCCUAA